AUGUCGACCCCAGCUUUGACGCGGCCGCGCCGCCUGGCCAAUCACCCAUACGCGACCCCACCUACCUCAUCCUCCGAGACCGAGCUGGACUCGCCUGUCGACUAUCCCGUCUCUCCUACCGAUCCUACCAUGGACCACGUCCUCGUCCACUCCGAGUCCCUAGACUCCGCCGGAGCCGGUGCCGGGAUUGGCGGAGAAGGAGAGGGUGUGAGUAGGGCACCGUCCAACUCUAGCUUUUUCAAUAACGUCUUCCUCGAUACCCCGGAUAAGCAAAUGACUCGCCCGCUCAAGGUGAAGAAGAGGGCUAUGGAUAGGGCUGCGCCUGUCGGACCAACUAGGAUGAGACGUCGAUCCACGCACUCCCUCCCUCGCUCUCCCGUCUCCCCGACCUACCCCUCCACUCUUCCUCACCGCUCCUCCGGCCUCCUCAGCGCAAUCAACCACUCCAACCUGGCCCGGGACAAUUCGACCGCCUCAUCGGCGCACCGAGCCAUCACGCAGAGCUUCUACGCCCUCUCCCCUGCUCUGAGCACCUCCCCACUCCCUCCUGUCCCGCUCAUCACCCAUUCAUCCGCCACUCCUUCCCCUCCCUCGUCUCGCUCCUCAUCAGCCAGCUCGGCGAUCCAUCUUGGAUUGGGCCGGUUCGCCGCGUUCGACCCGUCCGUCCUUCCCGGUCCGUCCCCGCCGACAUCGCCCGCUCUCACCCCUGGAUCUGGCGCAUUCACCCCUCCCCCGCGCCAUCCCGGCGCAUCGGCGAGCGUAUGCGCCGGAGCAUCCAAGCCCCUCCCCGCUUCACCUAUCACUCCCACUCGGGCACCCUCGAAAGCUGCCAAACUGCUCGGAACAGACGUACCCCCGCUCCCCCUCCCGCUCAAGCAUCACCCGCACUCGCGCUCCCUCUCCGACCGCCUCCGCUCCGCCGCCCCCUCCACGCGCGCCAAGAAACCACAGCACUUCCGUCCCCUCCCAAACUCCACCCUGGUCGAUAUCCAGCGUUUCUUCGGGGACGUGCCGAAACCCUCAGCGAAGCCGCCUGUCCGGAAAGGCAUACUCAAGACGCACGGGGCAAGGGCCAAGGUCACUGCUGCGUCGAUGGCUUUGCGGGACGAGGAUAAGGCGGUUCCGCUUGCUGGCAAAGGGGACGGGCACCAAGAUGGAGAAGGAAGGAUGUGGUUGGACGUGGAGGAAGAACAAGAGUUUGCGUGGUUGAUGUCUGAUCUGACGUCGGAGUUGACCCCCGGACAGCGGGCGAGGGUGGAGCGUGCGGCUGGGCUGGGGAGGGAGGUGAUCGGGGAAGAAGAGUGGGGGAUGGAGGAGUUCACGAGUGUGCUGGGGAUGAAGAAGGCGGGUUUGGAUUCGCCCCGGAAAUCCCCAGCGGAGAGGAAGAAGGACAAGGGAGGGACAAAGGUGUUUGAGAGUUUCCUCGAUCUCGGACUGGAGGAUGAGCCUGUAUCGGAGAUAGCGAAGAGCCCGGCGGAGAAGGAGGCGCCAGUGGACGCCCAGCCAAAGAUGGGCAAUCGAAGCAUCUCCAAUCCCGUCCUCCUCUCUCCCUCGUCCCUCCACCCCGGUACCGGUAGACCUACCGCCGGUCUCGCAGCCCGAUCGGUAUCCACCCCUGCCCGACCUCCUCGGCCUCCUGCACCGACCGCCGUUCCUCCUAUCCGUCCCUCCACCCCGCCCCGCCCACUCCGACCUGCCCCAUCCGGAGUCGGUGUCGGGUCUACCUCGCCUCAACGCCCCAAACAUCGUCCCCCACCUCUGGACCUCGCACACCUUCCCCCGACCCGCGGUCUCCCCAUCGCCAUCGCCGUCGCCAUCAAUAUCCCUGGCCCCGGUGCCCGCCCGCUCUCCCUCGAACCUGCGCCUACACCACGUACAGCCACCCACUCCAAGUCUCGGUCGGUGGAUAGCCCAGUACUCCCCGUGCUGGUCAGGCCGGUACCUACCGAUAUCCCCGGCUCGGCGGGGGAGAUGGUAUUCCCAAGUCCGUUGUUUGUCAGCUAUGGCCAGCGGGCGCCAGGACAGGGGAGAGCGGAGAUGGCAGGGAGGGUGAUCAUCAAUCACCCGUCUGGCGUUCCCAGACCUCCCACGACGCCGUUCAAGCACCCUCGGCGAGCGCCUAUACCCGGCGCGGGCGGUAGCGGUGCAGUACCGCCCGUUCCUUCCCUGUACUUCUCCUCACCUCACCGAAGCGCCUCAGUCUCAACUACUAGCAUGGGUCCGGGGACAGUGGAAAGGAUCGAGAGGCCUCAGUGGGGCAAGACGGAGCGCGAGCGCAUGAUGGAUUUGAAGGGUAUGAUGGAUAGUGCUCCACCCGGACAGGGUGGGAGGGGGGGACGAGGCGCAGGGUAUGCGGACGAAGGAGUGAGCUACUUUGAGCCGCCGUCCCCGACUGGACCGGGUGGGCGGUUGGGGGCCAAGGCGAAAGCGGGCGGGGCGUGGUUCAAGAAGGUAGUGAGGUUGUAG